GGAAGCUGUGAUACACCCUUCAUUCAAUCAUGACGUUACUUGCUGUGUUCACGGCAUGUUAAGUUUCUGUUUUCUGUCAAGACUGCAAUGUCAAUUUGAGAGAAAAUGAAAGUGAAACAGACUUCAUGUCUAACAUGUGAAAACCAGGUGAUACUUUUAGCAGUGUCGUCUCGGUAGACAAGCUAUGUUUUUGAUGGCCUGGUUCGGCUACAGCCGCCUGUAUUCGGUGUUUGAAUGGUUAUGUCGCAGAUUGUAUGCCUUGUGGCGCUGUACUGCAGCAGUGGUUCGUCCUAUAGUACGCUAUGCAUUUUUAGCGAUAAAGAAUCCCAGAAGAUGCCAGGAUGAACCUGAACCCGGCCAUGAAGACGAACUCCGAGAGGGGGGCAGCGAAGGUCAGCCGCGUGCCGCAGGCAGCAAGCUGCCAGUUCGUGAGGACCGCGACCAGUCUGAUAACGACAGGUACCCGGUCGAGCAAAGGUACGAAGAGGGAAAUGAUGAUGAUGAUGGUGAUGAUGACAUUGACAGCGACAGCGACGAGUAUCGAGUUCAGACCACAGAUGAGUUGUACUGCGGCUAUGAUUCAACCUGGGAGACCGAGGAGGACCAGGAGACCACAGUGAGGAGAACCAGGCAGAGAGCGUGGGGAAACCCAUCCGCUGGACACCAUUACAAGUUCCGCAGAUUUGAAAAUGCUUCAAGAGACAUGCAGAACUACAGGCAUCACUACCCUAACAGGCCCCAGCAAUGGAUAAUGCCACAGGAUGACAUGCCUAACUUGAACUUCUACCUUGGACAAACACCCUCUUUACCUGAUGGUGUCUACAUCCACAGUUUCCACGAUGAAUGGGCUGAAAACUAUGAAGUACUGGAGCGUGUACACACCUAUAUUCAGUGGUUGUUCCCACUGCAAGAACCAGGUGUGAACUAUGAGGCCACACCACUGACAAAGGAAGAAAUUAAGUGUUUCCUGGAGAACAGCACUGCAAAGAAAAAUCUGCUAAAGUCCUACGACAUCAUGUUGGACUUUUACGGUAUUAAGUUGUGCAACAAGGAAACUGGGGAAGUCAAGAGAGCGUCAAACUGGAUCGAGAGAUUUCACAACCUGAACACUCACACUCAUAACAACUUGCGUAUCACACGCAUCCUGAAGUGCCUGGGAACUCUGGGGUAUGCACACUACCAAGCCCCCCUGGUCCGCUUCUUCCUGGAGGAGACUCUAGUCAACGGUGAACUCCCAAAUGUCAAAGACAGUGUUCUCAACUACUUCAUGUUUGCUGUCCUUGACAAGAGACAACGCAGGGAUCUCAUCAAGUUUGCCUAUUUGAAGUAUGACCGUAAAUCUGAGUUUGUAUGGUGCCCAAAGAAAAUUCAGAUGAUCUGGUCUAAUUCAUAUUGAUACUAUGUACUAAUUGUCAUUUAGUACAGGAACAUGAUGCAACAUGUGUGACGUUGGUUGUCAGUCACACUGCAGCUUUGGAAAAUGUUUUCUGAACAUUUGAUUCUAUGUUUUGCUUUCCAAGACUUUUUAUGUUAUGGAGUGGGUAAGUGGGACAGAUGAAGAACUGUCAGAACUAGAAGCUCAAAUGACUCUUCACAAUUCUAAUGAUGAAAAAUGUUCAUUCUGUUUUCUUGUUUUUAUAUUGUUUAAUACCUAAAUGCCUUAAAUGAUUAGUCCUCUCACUCCUGUAUUUAUUUUUGCAGGUUCUGAACAGAUAUUGUUUCAUUUAAAAUUUGAUUAACAUUUGUACAUUAUACUACUGACAUCUUUCGGACAUGUUGUGUUUAUCAUGCAAAGCUUUAAAAGAACAAAGUGAUUUGGUUCUUCAAA